UACGAUAUCAAGUGUGGGCCGCUCUGUCAGCCAUGUCUCCUGCAAUGGGAUCCUACGAGUGCGAAGCAAAGCUUGAUGAUAUUCCUAUUCUGGAUCUCUCUCACUCCGGGGAGGACAAAUGUUUAGAAGCGUUGAGAGAAGCUUGCGAAGAAUUGGGUUGCUUUAGAAUUGUAAACCAUGGAAUCUCAGCAGAUCUUCUCCUCAAAGCAGAGCAAGCAUGCCGUGAAGUUUUCAAGCUUCCCACAGAGACGAAAAAGAAAAAUGUCUCUCCAAAUCCUUAUGCUGGUUAUUAUGGUGGAAUGCCCUUUUAUGAAAGCCUUGGCAUUGCCCUCUCAAGCACUCGUGAUCCACAGGCUAUCCAAGACUUCACCCAUCUCAUGUGGCCACAAGGAAAUCAAAACUUCUCCGAGACUAUGGAAGAAUACACAUGUGAGAUGAUGGAACUGUUGAAUAAAGUGCACCAAGCAAUUCUUGAGAGCUUUGGAGUGAGCAAGUACUAUGCUACUCACUUCGACCAUAGGAAGGGGAUCUUCCGUAUGAAUUUGUAUGACUUGACUUCUGAGUUGUGUACUGAAUCGACUCGUCAGCCAGCUCAUACAGAUGCGAAUAGCAUUAGCAUACUGUAUGAAGAUGCCUGUGGUGGGUUUCAGGUUUGGAGUAGGGAAGGCAAUUGGAUUGACGUGAAACCCAUCCCAAAUUCGUUUGUGGUCCUGGCAGGCGAUAGCUUUCAGGCAUGGAGUAAUGGAAAGAUUCGUAGUGUGAAACAUCAAGUUAUGGUAAAAAGACAACAAUCUCGUUUAUGUUUGGCCACUUACAAUCUUUUUCCAGAUGAAAUGGAGAUAAAAGCACCAAUGGAAUUUGUUGAUGAUAAACACCGGCCACACUACAAGGCAUUUAAGUUUGUGGAUAUGCUUAAGUAUAGAUUAGGAGAGGGGAGAGAAAUACAAGAACCUCUACAACAAUUUGCUGGUGUUUAUGUGUAGUAGAAGAGGUUCUUCUCUAUUUUUAGCUAUUCUCAAACUUCUAAACUUUUGUCUUAUUUAUAAUAAAAGUGACAAUUAUAUUUCAAA